CCCCAGCCCCUGGACACCGACAGCGGGGUCGACACUUUCACGCGCACCAUGGACAACAGGCCCAAAUAUCAGCACAACAACAUCAACGCCCUUCCCAAGGCCGUUCCCGUCAGCCCCAGUGCGCUGGAUGACGAUGAGGAAGAUGAGGGUCACACGGUGGUUGCCACGGCGCGGGGCAUCUUUAAUUGUAACGGUGGAGUGUUGAGCUCCAUUGAGACAGGAGUCAGUAUUAUCAUCCCGCAAGGAGCGAUUCCAGAUAGCGUGGAGCAGGAGAUCUACUUCAAAGUGUGCCGGGACAACAGCAUCCUGCCCCCUCUGGACAAAGAGAAAGGUCUGAAUCCCAUCUACUUUUGUUUUAUUUAG